GCUUGCUCAAUGACACAGGUUGCUGACAUUGCAAGGGCAGUGCCCGUUGCAAUCCCAAAUCAACUGCCCCCAGCCCAAGAGCCUACUCCGGUCUUAACCCCCCCCAAACCCAGCGCUACGCAUCCAAAACAGCGCCGACAAACUUCGUGGGGAAAGACCCACAGUCUCACACAAAACGGGGCGGAGGUCGUGGCGUCACUGACGGACUGGAUGGAAGCGGAGAUUGUGCCGAUGCUAAAAGACCCUAGCACAAACUGGCAGCCCGCGGACUUUCUCCCGGACCCCUCCUCCGACGACUUCCUCGCGCGCGUCGCCGACCUCCGUGCGCGUUCCGCCGGAAUUCCGGACGACGUCCUCGUCUGCUUGGUGGGCGACAUGGUGUCAGAGGAAGCCCUGCCGACUUACCUGACGAUGCUUAACACUCUCGAUGUGACCCGGGACGAAAGCGGGGCGAGCGUAACGCCGUGGGCCGUUUGGGGCCGGGGUUGGGCUGCGGAAGAGAACCGGCACGGAGACGCGUUACAGCAGUAUUUGUACCUGACGGGAAGGGUGGAUAUGCAAGCCGUGCAGAGAACGACGCAGUAUCUUAUUGGGUCGGGAAUGGACCCGAAAACGGAGAAUAACCCGUACUUGGGCUUCAUCUACACCUCCUUCCAAGAGCGCGCGACGUUCGUCUCGCACGGCGCGACCGCGCGCCUCGCGCGUUCCGCCGGGGAUUCCGUCCUCGCGAAGCUGUGCGGAACGAUCGCGGCGGACGAGCGGCGCCACGAGACGGCGUACAAGAAGAUCAUCGGAAAGUGCUUCGAUCUAGAUCCAAACGGGGCGACUAUGGCUUUUGGGGAUAUGAUGCAGAAACAGAUUACGAUGCCGGCGCAUUACAUGUUUGAUGGGAAGAGCGAGACGCUAUUCAAGGACUUUUCGGAGGUCGCUCAGAAGGUCGGGGUUUACACUGCGCGGGACUAUGCUGACAUCGUCGAGCACCUUGUGAGGUUCUGGAAGGUGGAAGAGCGCUCGGGGCUCUCUCCCGAGGCAGAGGCCAUGCAGGAUUACCUGUGCCGACUGCCUGCUCGGGUGAGCGCCCUGGGCGACCGGCUCGCGGCGAAAGCGAAGAAGAAGCCCGGCCGGCAGAGUGCCCGGUUCUCGUGGAUUUUCAACCGCGAGGUUCCUCUUCUUUGAUGUAAUAUCAACGACCAAAAUAACUAUCAUUUCAGUACAUUCAAGCCGAAACCUUUGGAGCUACAGCCGUGCUGGCGCAAAGUAGGAUCGUGAAGCGUCAAGUAAAGAUCCAACAACGCCAAUAUAUAGACCGGGCUCAGUUGUCGUCACAGAUAGGAAGGUAGGUGCUUACCGCCCGGUUAUGAAACCUAUGAAAAGCGUGUAAUAUACGGAUAGAGAGGCUGCUGUGACG